AAGCUGUUUAAAAGGAUAUUGCAGGUUCUUGAAUUUGGUGGUAUUCCCUUCUGGUCCAUCUCAUCCAAAACCCUGUAGGCAUUCUUGAACCUAUUUACUUUACAGAAAACACCAAUUAAAGCAUUAUACACAACAACAUCAGCCUUUACUCCAUUCUCUCCAUCUCCAGAAAUGUGUCUACCGCAUUUAGGUUAGGGGUAUUAAUACAAUUUGCUCUCAAACGUCCGGAGGGGGUUGGGGUUAUAAACUUAGCUCAUGCCUGUGCCGUAUGUUGGUUCCAAUUGAUUCCUCUAAAUAGGUUAGACACGCACAAAAUUCUAUACAGGGAGGUAGUAAAUGGUAUUGAGCAUCCAACGAUUGGGGUGCAUGCUAAGAUCGACCCUCCAAACUGUUGAAUCUUCAUUGCCAUUCAUUACUCACCACUUGGGUCCCAAAGGAGUCACACACUAAUUACAUUGUGGCCGAUGAGGAUUAAGAGGGUCAAACUCUCGAUCUUCCUUGGUUUACCCUAAACUCAUUGGUCGGCAGCUGCCACUACUUUAAGAAGCACUUCCCCACCUUUGUCUGGUGAAAUAUUGUCAUAAAUUUUUUUUUUUUUCUUUUCCUACCAUUUUCUUUAUAGAUGUCUAAUGUGCGACUAUCCAAUUCUCUGACAAUCAUGAUCGAGCUACGUAGAAACCUAUAUAUUUAUUAUAGAAUAAUUAAUUUUCUCUAUUCAGGAACAUAACAUACACUAAUGCCUUCUUAUAUCUGUCUAUUCCUAUCUCCCUUUGAAAUAACAUGCAUCUACCCCUAUUGUGGGAGGAGAGAGAUAGACUCAAUUGAGAGCUCAAUCCCAUUUAUUAUACAUAAUUGGGUUGGAUAUGUUAGGGUACAAUUCUCUUUGUUCAGUUGCAGAAAUUAUUUGGUAAAUUAGAAUCACUUUGUUCCACAAUUUAGUAUACUUUGUUAAAAUAUGAAUGAAUAUUUGAUUGUUAAUCGUUAAUUCUUUAUUCUCAAUUCUCAUAUGUACUCAUCAUAUAUAUUAAAUUUGAAUAAAUAUUUGAUUGCAUAUUAUGUAGGUACUUGAUAUUACUGAAAAAUGGUUAGAAAAAAGGAUAAGUUUUGGGAACAUGUACAACAACUUGGGCCGAGCCGUUUUAAAUGCAAUUAUUGUGAACUUGACUACUCUGGUAGUGUUACUCGAGUGAAAGCUCAUUUGGCUUGCUUGACUGGCCAUGAUGUUCAAAUUUGUACAAAAGUCCCUGAUCAUGUUCAAGCUGAAGCCAGUGCAGAAAUGAAUUUGAGUGCAUCUAAAAAGAAAAGGACGAAUGAGACCCUAGAAAGUGGAAUUGGCUCCACAAGUUCUCUUGGUAGGAGCAUUCAUCAAACCACAAUGGUAGAGUUGGCUGCUAAACAAGACAAGAAGUCAUUAGAAAAGAUGAUAGGAGAAUUUUUUGUUAAGAAUAACAUUUCUUUCAAUGUUAUUCAGACAUAAUCUUUUAUUCAAAUGAUGAAAGGUGCUUGUGCCUAUGGUCAGGGUUUUGUUAUUCCUAGUUACUCUACUCUUCGUACCCGUUUGAUUCCUGAAGCUAAGGUAGAGAUCAUGGAAUAUGUGAGCAACAUAAAGUCAACAUGGGGUGGCACAGGUUGCACAAUAAUGUCUGAUUCUUGGACUGACCUAAAGAAGAGGUCUUGGGUCAAUGUGAUAGCUUAUUCUCCUGGUGGGGCUGUAUUCCUGAAGUGUAUUGAUUGUGGUUCAAAUAGUAUUACUGCUGGAUAUCUUUUUAGAGAAAUAUCUAAUGUUAUUGAAAUGCUUGGACCACAACAUGUUGUGCAAUUUGUUUCAGAUAAUGGUGCUAACUAUAAUUGUUGUGGUGAUAUGUUGAUUGGAAAAUGGUCUCACAUGUAUCGAACAAAUUGUGCUGCACAUGAGAUUAAUUUGCUUUUAAAGGAUAUCCAUAAGCAUGUUAGAUGGGUGAGGGAAAUUAUUGAUGAUGGUAAACAUGUAGUGGAUUAUAUGCACAGGCACACAGCUAUUAUAGCCUUAAUGAGGGAAUUCACAAAUGCCAAAGAGAUUAAGCAGCCUUGCAAGACAAGGUUUGCUACUAAUUUUUUAAUGCUCCAAUCUCUUAUUGUAGUUGAGAAUGAGUUAAGGCUAUUGGUUGCAUCAUCUGAAUGGAGAGGCUUCCAUUGCAAUAGAGUUGAAAUAGCAUUAAAGACUGUCAGGAUAAUUCAAUCUGAUAUAUUCUGGGAACAGGCAAAGGAGGUUAUUGCUUUUAUGGAUCCUCUUAUUAGGAUUCUUCGCCUUGUUGAUUCAGAUGGUUCCACUGCAUGUUACUUGUAUGAAGCAACUGUUAGGGCAAAAGAAAAAUUGAGGAAGUUAAAGGAGAGUGAUGGAGUAAAGUACUUUACCAUAUUGGAUUUGUUUGAUACAAGGGUGGAAAAGAAUAUAAUUCAUCCUGUUCAUGUGCUUGCUGCAGCUUUAAAUCCUAAUAAUUUGUUUGAUGGUGGACUUUUUAUUGAGACAAAUACAGUUGUGAAAGCUCAAGAAUGUAUUGUGGCAACCAUGGUUCCUCAAGAAGAUCAUGAGCAAUUCACUGCAGAAAUGGUUGAAUAUCGAAUGAGGAACCCAAAUUUGUUCAACAUCACAGGAAAGUCUUUAAUGAAAACUAACCAUCCAAGGAUUUGGUGGGAAUAUAUGGGUGGUUGUCUUCCUGUGGUUCAGAAGGUUGCUUGCAGAAUCUUAAGCCAACCUUGUAGUUCCUCUCCUUGCGAGAGGAAUUGGAGUGCUUGGGACGCUGCACAAACAAAGAAGAGGAAUAGGUUAACUCCAGAAAUGUUAGAAGAUUUGGUAUACAUUAGAAUGAAUUCUUUGAUGAAGGAGAAGUAUGAAAGCCGAGCAAUUCAGGAUACAAAACCUAUUGACCUAGAGAAACUUGGUGAUUUGCCUGAUGUAAACAUUGAGUUGGAGACAGAGAGACUUGAAGAGACAUAUGUUGAACCUAUUCAUGAUCAACCUAAUUCUAUAUUAUGAUACACUUGUGCUUUUUUUUUUAAUGAAAUGGGAUGAUGUAAUUUGGAUGAUACAUUUUGGAUUAUGUAGUUUGGAUGAUGAUUUUGGAUAUUUAAAUGAUGUAUUUUGGAUAUUUGAAUGGUGUAUUUUGGAUCUUAUAUUAAUCUUUGGAUGGAUAUAUUUUUGAUGUUA